AUGUCAAAUAUCGUUGAAUCCGAUGAAUCAACUGUCCCGAGCUUUUGUAGAUUUCCGGAUAAACAUACGAUCGGCGUGUUUGUUACUUCGCUUUCGGACGGGUAUACAGAAAGAGGUCGACUUUGGGCGGAAGAUGCCCUUCAGGAAAUGAUGGAAGAAUCAUUGAGAUUGGCUUAUCGUCAAGAAGAUCGUACAAAGAACAUUAACACAAACACAUCAAGAUGUGAAAGAACUAUCUCCCUGGAUAUUCUGGAUCUUUUGGAUUUCA